AAAUCAGGAAGUAUUCUGCAGCAAAAAACAAUUCCUCUUUUGUUGUAUUGUAAAGUGCUUUAGUAGAGAGUAUACCACUGUCUCACUGUAAAGUUAAUGUCUUCUGUGAUGGUUAGGUGCCACAAAAAGAGGAAUGCACGAGAUAGUUGAGAAACUUGAUAGUCUCUUAUGUCAUAUGGAUCAUGCAGUGUGGAUCUCAUCAAUUCAGAGAGUUAACUAACUAAUGGUGGUUUUGUAGCCAGCAAUCAGCUGUCAGGUUUGCUAACUAGGUACAUUUGAGUUGCAAUGAUGGUUAUUUACAGUGCCUCAAGCUAUGUUCUCUUAGGUUUGGCAAACCUAAUCAUCAUGUCUGCAUGUAUGGACUAUUGUGAUACUAUUGAAAGCUGUCAAAGUCAUGAUGACACUGUGUCAGACAGACAACACUACAUUCAUGCUUUCAACUUCAACAAGAGUGUGGAGAAACACUUGCACGAUUUUGACCACUUCAAACUGUCAUGUAAAAAGCUAAUAGGUAAAUCCCUCAGAAUUGCAUUAUUUGUCAACCAAAUACCCAGCAAAGUUUUGACAGUAUGCAUGAUCAAACAGAUUUGUAAAUAACUUUGUUUGACUUUUCUUGCAGAAGCCUUCCCCCUUGAUCAAGUGGAUGGCAUCUUUGUUCGCUCUGUGAAGAACUGCAUUUUUUCAGAGUCUGACCCAACCCCACUCAAAGGCCCUCUGAGACUUGUGGCUGUUUCUAAGGUCAUUUUGCAUAUGACUUCCAGGGACUAGAUAUUGUCAAGAAAUGUGGUUUACAAUGGAUGUGAAUUAACCUAACAUAACAGUGUUAUAACACUGUCAUAGCAGCUUAAUAGAAGGAAGCAACUACAUAUUCUAAUGUAGCUUUGUUUUUCCAGGAGGUAAUUGAGGGAAUGUUGGAUCUAGAUGUUGCUGUGUCCCAGUCAGAGAAUUUCCUACAGUACUUCAGUGGUGGUAGACUUUUUCCUGGAUCCAGCCCUCUGACACACAGAUAUGGGGGUCACCAGGUAUUGUACCAUCUCUAUGCCAUUAUGAAUUAGUCCCUCCUAAUACCAUAUUGACCCUUGAAGAGCCUACUUGUUUAUGACUAAAUACUUGUGAUGUUUUCUUUACUCUUUUAGUUUGGGUACUGGGCAGGUCAGUUAGGAGAUGGUCGAGCACAUCUCCUUGGUGAAUAUACUAGCAGGUCAGUAGAAUUGGGAAUGGAUACAUGACUACACAGAAGGUUGAGGUUGUAAUGACAGCAUUUCAACCUGCUUUGCCAGCAGGGUACAAAUGAGUUAUCUUGUGUGUGUUUUGCCACAGAAAGGGUGAAAGAUGGGAACUCCAGCUCAAAGGCUCUGGAAAGACUCCAUAUUCAAGGUCAAUUCUACACUUUUAUAUUUUACAGACCAUGACAACAGGUGCAACAUUUCUAACAAUGAGGCCCAAUCCCAAAUAGACCCCUACACCCUAUGUCCUAUACACUUGUGGAGAUCUGAGAGGAUGUAAGUGUAAGCAAUUUGGUAAUAGUUCCAGCUUGCCCUCUGAUAGGUUAGGAGGAAGUUUUACCAUAUUGCUUAGGCCCAUUAAAUCCUCUCAGAUCUCCCCAAGUGCAUAGGGCGUAUGGUCUAGGGGUCGAUUUGGGAUUGGGUCCAAGAAAACCUUCUGAGAAAGGUUGUCUGUUGUACUACAGGUCAGGAGAUGGCCGUGCUGUGGUCCGCUCCUCAGUCAGAGAGUUCCUCUGCAGUGAGGCCAUGCACUUCCUGGGUGUUCCUACCAGCAGAGCUGCCAGGUAACCCGGCAAAUGAGCUGCUUUGACUGCUGUCUGUCAAACACUACACUACAAUACAAUUGUUCGAUACAAUAAAGCACUUUGAUAUACAACUCAAACAGAGUUUUAGCCAUAGAGAUAGAUAGAGGACAUCUUUAUAUCAGUGCCAUUAUAGCAUCUGUGACAGCAUGGGCAGCGCCAUUGAGGCUACAACCCAUAGGAAUCCCCACCCAGUUGUCUACUUGACUACUUUAAAAUGGUGGAUGAUGGCAACGUCCAUGCUAAAACUGAUUAUAUCCAUGAUGAGUACAUAUCUCUAUGGUUUUAGCUCCCUUUCUCUAUCAAAAUAAAUCUCACUCCAUCCAAAAAUCUCAGAAGAUAAAAACACGAGACUCCAAAAUGACCCCUUCAUUCUUCACAAUUAAAUGUAUAUUUCAUUGUUUUAGAUUGCUGCCUAUUCUCAACAAUGUAGUCUAUGAUCUUCUCAGCAAAAAAUAAAAUAUUAAUGUUGAAUCAGAGUCUAGGGCUAAUCCAUUGGAUAAACAGUGAGAGGUGAGUGCAGAUGGCCUAUAUUGCUAACAUCAACACACAGAACAGAUACAACAGUGGGGUUGAGUUCAGAGGUGGCUGGUGGGAGGAGCUUAUAGGAGGGCAGGCUCAUUGUAAUGCUGGAAUGGAAUCAAUGGAACGGAGUCAAACAUGUUGUUUCCAUGUGUUUGAUGUGUUUGGUACCAUUCCAUUGGUUAGAUUCCAGCCAUUCCAAUGAACCCGUCCUCCUAUAGCUCCUCCCACCAGCCUCCUCUGGUCGAGUUCCUGUCCGACUAGAUGCGCAGGCGUUGCAUUGUAUCAACCAAUGGUUACGUGCCACGUCAUUGACUGUGCAGUUGGGCAGCAGGUGGCUAUAUCAUAUGAUGUGGUUAGCUGAUAUGUUAAAUACCUAUUGAAGCAUUAUAAGGUCUUGCAUGCGUCAGCAAUGUAGUUGGGCAGGAACUCAACCUAGGUCUACCCGAGGACCUUUAAUGUUAUCAUUCAGAUCACUGGGAAACCCCUUCUGUUCCAGCCAUCAGCUGUUUCAACAUGAUUGAGAUGAACUACCAGACUGGACGUGUUGACAGCUGCUCAAUUGGGUAUCAUCCUUUUGGUGACAGCUAGGGGUCAAGCAUGUUUUGGGUUAAGCUUUGAGUGUGGGAUCAUUGUAAACUUGGAAGAGGAUGGAUGUAGUGUUGGUUGCUAUGACGUUUUUCUGUGUAUUCUUUGUUGUAAAAUGUGUUGCCUAUAUCUCCAAGCCUUAUUGUAAGUGAAGAGGCAGUGUGGAGGGACCAGUUCUACAAUGGGGAAGUAAAGAAGGAGAGAGGUAAGGGCCAAGAUUAGUUGUGUCCUUAUUCUCUUAGGGGCAGCCUCCCCUUUUGCUACUCAGUGUGCAGACUCGUGCAUACAGCACACAUUGGCAUAAUUGUACUUUCCACAUAGAUUUCUUUAGGUUAAAUAUGUUAUUUAGAAGAUAAUUUUUUAAUCUUCUGAAGCAUGUAAGUAAUGUGUGACCUAAAAGUAUUAAAUAUACUGUAUAUAUAUUUUUAAUACAGUAUGUUAUUUGUUGACUGGUUUCUUGUUAUCUUAGCUGGACCCAGGUAUAUUUAACUUUUUUUAUGCAUACAUAUGGCAAAAACGUGUGCCAAGCCAUAUCUUGCACUAACUUGCCUUUCUUGCACUAACACUCACACUUUUCUUUUCUUACUAGCACAGACUUUGCUGAUAGCAUCUUUAUUGGGGGAAAAUGUGCUACUAUGACUGAGAUAUGUGGUUGUCUCACCUAGCUAUCUUAAGUUGAAUGCACCAACUAUUAGUCGCACUGGAUAAGAGCGUCUGCUAAAUGACUAAAAUGUAAAUGAAUAUUUUCCCUUCCUGACAUAAUCUUUGGAUGCUCUCUCCCCAGGAGCGGUUGUUCUGCGGCUGGCCACGUCAUGGUUCCGGAUUGGAUCAUUGGAGAUUCUGGCUAAAGCUGAAGAGCUUGAUCUUUUAAGGUUAGCAUACACUAAUCUUGUUUUUUGUGACCAACUGUUUAUUUGACUUAUUUCUUUCCUCACGAGGGGCACAGACAGGUGUGAAUACAUAAUAACAUACAUAAUAACAUACAGAAUAAUACAGAAACAAAGAAUCAACAUACUGUAUCAACAUACACAUAUCAUAAAUGUAUCAUCAUGAAAUGUAUGACAGCUGGCGUGAAUAGGGAACCUUUCUAACUCUGGACAUGAAAUGUUUUCAUUUUCAGGAAAUUGUUGGACUUUGUGAUACAGGAGCAUUUUCCUUCCAUUGAUUCAAAUGAUCCAGACAAAUAUUUGGUGAGUGAUGAUAAAUCUAGUUUCAAUGUUUGUGUUUUUCAGUAGGCCUAUUUUAUAAUCAUCAGGGAAAACUUUGCCUCAUUAUUAUACUGAACAAAAAUAUAAAUGCAACAUGCAACAAUUUCAGGGAUUUUACUGAGUUACAGUUCAUAUAAGGAAAUCAGUCAAUUAAAAUAAAUUCAUUAGGCUCUAAUCUAUGGAUUUCACGACUGGGCAGGGGCACAGCCAUGGGUGGGCCUGGGAGGGCAUAGGCCCACCCACUUGGGAGCUAGGCCCACCCACUGGAGAGCCAGGCCAAACCAAUCAGAAUGAGUUUUCCCCCACAAAAGGGCUUUAUUACAGACUGUCUGGGUAGCUGGUCACAGACGAUCCCGCAGGUGAAGAAGCCAGAUGUGGAGGUCCUGGGCUGGCAUGGUUACACGUGGUCUGCGGUUGUGAGGCCGGUUGGACGUACUGACAAAUUCUCUAAAACAACGUUGGAGGCGGCUUAUGGUAGAGAAAUGAACAUUAUCUGGCAACAACUCUGGUUGUUGCACACUCCCUCAAAACUUGAGACAUCUGUGGGGUUGUGUUGUGUGACAAAACUGCACAUUUUAGAGUGGGCUUUUAUUAUCCCCAGCACAAGGUGCACCUGUGUAAUGAUCAUGCUGUUUAAUCAGCUUCUUGAUAUGCCACACCUCAGGUGGAUGGAUUAUCUUGGCAAAGGAAACAUUCUCACUAACAGGGAUGUAAACAAAUUUGUGCACCAAAUUUGAGCUAAAUAAGCUUUUUGUGCGUAUGGAAAAUUUCGGAGAUAAUUUAUUUCAGCUCAUGAAACAUGGGACCAACACUUUACAUGUUGCGUUUAUGUUUUUGUUCAGUAUAGUUACACUAAUGCUCUGUUGAAAAUACCUGCAAAGACAGAUACAGUGAGGGAAAAAAGUAUUUGAUCCCCUGCUGAUUUUGUACGUUUGCCCACUGACAAAGAAAUGAUCAGUCUAUAAUUUUAAUGGUAGGGUUAUUUGAACAGUGAGAGACAGAAUAACAACAAAAAAAUCCAGAAGAACUAAUGUCAAAAAUGUUAUAAAUUGAUUUGCAUUUUAAAGAGGGAAAUAAGUAUUAGACCACCUCUCUAAUCAGAAAGAUUUCUGGCUCCCAGGUGUCUUUUAUACAGGUAACGUGCUGAGAUUAGGAGCACACUCUUAAAGGGAGUACUCCUAAUCUCAGUUUGUUACCUGUAUAAAAGACACCUGUCCACAGAAGCAAUCAAUCAAUCAGAUUCCAAACUCUCCACCAUGGCCAAGACCAAAGAGCUCUCCAAGGAUGUCAGGGACAAGAUUUUAGACCUACACAAGGCUGGAAUGGGCUACAAGACCAUCGCCAAGCAGCUUGGUGAGAAGGUGACAACAGUCAAUCUCCCUUGGCCUGGGGCUCCAUGCAAGAUCUCACCUUGUGGAGUUGCAAUGAUCAUUAGAACGGUGAGGAAUCAACCCAGAACUACACGGGAAGAUCUUGUCAAUGAUCUCAAGGCAACUGGGACCAUAGUCACCAAGAAAACAAUUGGUAACACACUACGCCGUGAAGGACUGAAAUCCUGCAGCGCCCGCAAGGUCCCCCUGCUCAAGAAAGCACAUAUACAGGGCCGUCUGAAGUUUGCCAAUGAACAUCUGAAUGAUUCAGAGCAGAACUGGGUGAAAGUGUUGUGGUCAGAUGAGACCAAAAUGGAGCUCUUUGUCAUCAACUCAACUCGCUGUGUUUGAAGGAGGAGGAAUGCUGCCUGUGACCCCAAGAACACCAUCCCCACCGUCAAACAUGGAGGUGGAAACAUUAUGCUUUGGGGGUGUUUUCUCUGCAAAGGGGACAAGACAACUUCACCGCAUCAAAGGGACGAUGGACGGCGCCAUGUACCGUCAAAUCUUGGGUGAGAACCUCUUUCCCUCAGCCAGGGCAUUGAAAAUGGGUCGUGGAUAGGUAUUCCAGCAUGACAAUGACCCAAAACACACGGCCAAGGCAACAAAGGAGUGGCUCAAGAAGAAGCAUAUUAAGGUCCUGGAGUGGCUUAGCCAGUCUCCAGAUCUUAAUCCCAUAGAAAAUCUGUGGAGGGAGCUAAAGGUUCGAGUUGCCAAACGUCAGGCUCGAAACCUUAAUGACUUAGAGAAGAUCUGCAAAGAGGAGUGGGACAAAAUCCCUCCUGAGAUGUGUGCAAACCUGGUGGCCAACUACAAGAAACGUCUGACCUCUGUGAUUGCCAACAAGGGUUUUGCCACCAAGUACUAAGUCAUAUUUUGCAGAGGGGUCAAAUACUUAUUUCCCUCAUUAAAAUGCAAAUCAAUUUAUAAAAAUAUUUGACAUGCGUUUUUCUGGAUUUUUUUGUUGUUAUUCUGUCUCUCACUGUUCAAAUAAACCUACCAUUAAAAUUAUAGACUGAUCAUGUCUUUGUCAGUGGGAAAACAUACAAAAUCAGCAGGGGAUCAAAUACUUUUUUCCCUCACUGUAGCUCACUCUAGGACUGAUGUGACCCUAUCACGCUGGGCAUUGGAAACGAAUUACCUGAAUACUCAAAUAAUAAAGUGUCUCUCAUUAUUUCUGAACUUCUCUCCAUCACCAUGUCCUACAAUGGUCUAAUUUGCCUUUGGGCAUUGUUGCUAAUUUACAUUUAGGCUUAAAUACACUACUAAACUACUACUUACCGGUACAAUGAUCUCAGUAUAUAAUGCUCAAACAUGAAAUAUUUUAUACUGAACAGGUGUUCUUAAUCUGUAUAUUUUUGUACAUGCUGAUUUUUGCUGUGUGUUGUCUCAGAUAUUUUACUCCAGGGUUGUGAAUGAGACCGCUCACCUCAUUGCCCAGUGGAUGUCUAUUGGCUUUGCACAUGGUGAGUAGUACUCAGUAUGACAAAUUACUGCACUUCAGCAAAAUAAUGCACUUGAAUCCAAUGCAAUUUGAUAUUGGAGUUAUCAGUCACAAUUACGAUUAUAGUAGCAGUUUAUACAUCAAAAUACACUCUUCAUAGUGAUUUAUGAGAAAUACGAAUCCGUGAAUUGGCACUAUUCUAACAUGCAGUAUGCACAUAAUUCCAUUCUGUUUAUACUGCAUGGUGGUUAACUGUGUUUAUAUAGUAUUUCAUUGCCCUAACAGGAGUAUGCAACACUGACAACUUCAGCCUCUUGUCUAUCACCAUUGACUACGGACCGUUUGGCUUUAUGGAAGCCUACAACCCAAGUAUGUACAGUAUCUCGCUCAUGCAUAUACAGCCCUUUCAGGACGUAUUGAUAUCUAAUAUUAUUCAUAUUGGCCUACCGUUUCUGUCAUUUUGUACCUACAGGUUUCUAAUUGUUUUUCCUAUGUUGUAUCUUUAAUAAAAAAAAUAUCUGUUGGUAGCCGAUUUGUUUUUACAAUUUUGAAGAAGUGAAGAGAAACCCUCGUAUCACUUAUUUUAUUAAAGCUUACGUGAUACGUGUGAUACGUAAACUUUAAUGGGAUACUUCAGGAUUUGGGCAUGAAGCCCUUUAUCUACUUAACCAAAGUCAGAUGUACUCGUGGACACCAUUUUUAUGUCUACGUGCAGUUUGAAGGAAGUUGCUAACUAGUGUUAGCGCAAUGACUGGAUGUCUAUGGUAACUGCUAGCAUGCUAGUAGAUAUCAUAGACUUCCAGUAAUUGUGCUAACGCUAGUUAGUAUUGGCUCGCGAAACUAAAUCUAACUUCCUUCAUACUGAAUGCAGAGACAUAAAAAUGGUAUCCAUGACUUCAUCUGGCUCUGGGGAAGUGGAUAAAAAUCCUGAAGUAUCCCUUUAAAGCUUAGGUAUCACAUAUAAUGUAAGCUUUAAUCAAAUAAGUGAUAAGAGCAGUGUGCAGGUUUCUCUUUUCUUUGAAGUUAUCGCAUUUCCCCCUCACACCUACAAUGAGAACUCAGAUGUACAAGUGCUUUUUUGAAUUUUGAAUCACUAGUGUUGAAGAAGGAAACUGAUCUUUUCCCUUGAUCGGUACAGAUUUUGUCCCCAACACAUCUGAUGGGGAGAGGAGGUACAGUAUCGGGGCUCAGGCCAAUGUUGGUCUGUUCAACCUGGAGAAACUUCUAGAAGCCCUAACUCCAGUGCUGACCCUAGAACAGAGGCAAGGGUAAGUACGGGAAGGGUUAUACGAACUGUUCUGACGAGCAUAACCCUAACCGUAACCUAUUUUUAACAAAUUCUGAAAUGUAAUAUCGGUUUGCACAUCAGAAAUGUCCAUAUAGCUCUGGUAAGUACAUCAUUCCCAUUACAUUUGUUUGUCAGAGGAUGUUGGGGAAUGUACAUUGUAACUGUUAAAAACUAUUUUUUUGAAGGGCUGGGCAAGUACUGAAAGGGUACCCACAUAUAUACCAGAUGAGGUAAUUUAUCUCCCUCUCUCUUGUGUGUGCAUUUGAAUGUGUCUGUAAGUUCCCUUUUUCCUCCAAAUAUUAUGUUCAACUUUAUCAUUCCAGAUUUCACAAGCUGUUUAAGGCUAAGUUAGAUUUACUUGGCGAGGAGGAGGAGGAUGAAUAUCUCAUUGCAUUUCUGCUCAAGGCAAGUGGUUCAUUUCUCUAAGAUUCUGUGUGUGUCUCUCUCCAUCUCUGACCCUGUGAGUGACCUUUGACCUGAUGUUGGUAUAUUGUCCCUGUCCAGUGAAUUUGAUUGGCUGUCUUUCUCUCCCUCCUGUGUCUCCUCAGCUAAUGGAGGACACAGGUGCAGACUUCACCAUGACCUUCAGACAGCUGAGUGAAGCCUCAAUGCAGCAACUUCACAACAUGUCCAACUUACAGGUCAUACACAUUGCUUAUUAACCCUGUACAAACAAUCACAAGACAAAAUACUGCUGAUUAACUGUACAUUAUAGGGGCAAUCUGCAAUUGCUACAUCCAUUUUUGGUCUUUUAAAUGAAUUACAGUGGGAAAAAAAUGUAUUUAGUCAGCCACCAAUUGUGCAAGUUGUCCCACUUAAAAAGAUGAGAGAGGCCUGUAAUACAGGUAACGAGUGGAGGACAGAGGAGCCUCUUAAAGAAGAAGUUACAGGUCUGUGAGAGCCAGAAAUCUUGCUUGUUUGUAGGUGACCAAAUACUUAUUUUCCACCAUAAUUUGCAAAUAAAUUCAUUAAAAAUCCUACAAUGUGAUUUUCUGGAUUUUUUUUCUCAAUUUGUCUGUCAUAGUUGACGUGUACCUAUGAUGAAAAUUACAGGCCUCUCUCAUCUUUUUAAGUGGGAGAACUUGCACAAUUGGUGGCUGACUAAAUACUUUUUUCCCCCACUGUAUAUAUAUAGAUAUAUAGAUUUUUAAUGAAUUUAUUUGCAAAUUAUGGUGGAAAAUAAGUAUUUGGUCACCUACAAACAAGCAAGAUUUCUGGCUCUCACAGACCUGUAACUUCUUCUUUAAGAGGCUCCUCUGUCCUCCAUUCGUUACCUGUAUUAAUGGCACCUGUUUGAACUUGUUAUCAGUAUAAAAGACACCUGUACACAACCUCAAACAGUCACACUCCAAACUCCACUAUGGCCAAGACCAAAGAGCUGCCAAAGGACACCAGAAACAAAAUUGUAGACCUGCACCAGGCUGGGAAGACUGAAUCUGCAAUAGGUAAGCAGCUUGGUUUGAAGAAAUCAACUGUGGGAGCAAUUAUUAGGAAAUGGAAGACAUACAAGACCACUGAUAAUCUCCCUCGAUCUGGGGCUCCACGCAAGAUCUCACCCCGUGGGGUCAAAAUGAUCACAAGAACGGUGAGCAAAAAUCCCAGAACCACACAGGGGGACCUAGUGAAUGACCUGCAGAGAGCCGGGACCAAAGUAACAAAGCCUACCAUCAGUAACACACUACGCCGCCAGGGACUCAAAUCCUGCAGUGCCAGACGUGUCCCCCUGCUUAAGCCAGUACAUGUCCAGGCCCGUCUGAAGUUUGCUAGAGUGCAUUUAGAUGAUCCAGAAGAGGAUUGGGAGAAUGUCAUAUGGUCAGAUGAAACCAAAAUAUAACUUUUUGGUAAAAACUCAACUCGUCGUGUUUGAGGACAAAGAAUGCUGAUUUGCAUCCAAAGAACACCAUACCUACUGUGAAGCAUGGGGGUGGAAACAUCAUGCUUUGGGGCUGUUUCUCUGCAAAGGGACCAGGACGACUGAUCCGUGUAAAGGAAAGAAUGAAUGGGGCCAUGUAUCGUGAGAUUUUGAGUGAAAACCUCCUUCCAUCAGCAAGGGCAUUGAAGAUGAAACGUGGCUGGGUCUUUCAGCGUGACAAUGAUCCCAAACACACCGCCCGGGCAACGAAGGAGUGGCUUCGUAAGAAGCAUUUCAAGGUCCUGGAGUGGCCUAGCCAGUCUCCAGAUCUCAACCCCAUAGAAAAUCUUUGGAGGGAGUUGAAAGUCUGUGUUGCCCAGCGACAGCCCCAAAACAUCACUGCUCUAGAGGAGAUCUGCAUGGAGGAAUGGGCCAAAAUACCAGCAACAGUGUGUGAAAACCUUGUGAAGACUUACAGAAAACGUUUGACCUGUGUCAUUGCCAACAAAGGGUAUAUAACAAAGUAUUGAGAAACUUUUGUUAUUGACCAAAUACUUAUUUUCCACCAUAAUUUGCAAAUAAAUUCAUUAAAAAUCCUACAAUGUGAUUUUCUGGAUUUUUCUUUCUCAUUUUGUCUGUCAUAGUUGAUGUGUACCUAUGAUGAAAAUUACAGGCCUCUCAUCUUUUUAAGUGGGAGAACUUGCACAAUUGGUGGCUGACUAAAUACUUUUUUUCCCCACUGUAGCCAUUGAUUCUUGAAGAUGCGUUGUUUUUCGAAUCGCAGAUUGCCCCUUAAAGUACUAAAGUCCUCUCUUCCUCUCCUCUUUCGUCCCUGUUAGGUGAUGUGGGCCCUGCAGAACCUGGCUUCCCAUAAGCUGUACCCAGAGUGGGUCAGCAUGUACCUGCAUAGACUAAAAAGGUAUGUACAGUAGGAAUGCACUGUUAUCAAACAUUUGGUUAAUAUGCUUUUUAUGACCCCAGUUAGUUUCUCUCAAAUAUUCUGAUGACUCAUUACUCAACUGUAUUCCAUAUUUUCUUUCCCUUUUUGUGUGGGGGUUAUGUUAAGUCCCCUAUUUGGGGUCUUUGAGCAGUUCUGCACCAGUUCCGACUGACAUUUUGGUUUACAAAGCGCUCUGUGAACAUCGUAGGGUCCCAUGUCUUAAAAUAGUGCCAAUAUUGUGCCGUCACUAAGUAUGAUCAUAUUUAUUUUAGUUAAGAAAUGUGAAAUCUUAUAGUAAGUAGUUUGAUUGUUACUAUAUUUAGAAAGCAUUUGUCAUUUCUAGCCCCAUUGCCCCACUUUUGUUGAAUUGGAAGAAUUGUUAUGAUUUUUCAUAUUUUCAUAAUAUUUAUACUAUGUAAUUGAGCUUGGAUCCUCUAAAGUGAGUACACCUCAGCAAUUUAUACCUUUUUACCAGAAACAAGAUUUCCAGACCCUUCUAAAACUAUGCAAUAUUAUCAGUUGUUGUUUAUGGCCAUUCAUGAAAAGUAAUUAAGUUUGGGUAUGUCUCUUUAAGCAGAAAUAAAAUGUUUGCCCUAUCAUUUAACUGGCUCGAUUAACAUUAGUCUCACAGAUUCAUGGCCUUUUGUUAGAUGAUUGAUUCUUUGUUUUUAAUGGCUCAGGCAGGGAGGUGAUUCUGAUGAGGAUCGUCAACACAGGAUGAAAAGUAAGCAAUCACCAUGGUAACGCUGACAGAUUGACCUGAUAGCAAGCUCCAGUCCUCUGACUGAUUAUUAUGAUGAUGCAGUCCCCUCCUACUGAAUAAGGGCAAUGAAGAAAGGGGACCUUUGCAAAUAAUACUGUUUGUUAUUGAUUAAUUUUCUUGCUUGGUAGAACAAAUAAACCAUUUACAUCUGAGAUUAUCAAACUUUCCACAGGGAUCAAUCCCAGAUACGUGCUGCGGAACUGGAUGGCAGAGUCUGCAGUACGGAAGGCUGAGGGGAAUGAUUUCUCUGAGGUAAAUCGUUUGAACUACAUUGAAAUACAGGUUGUAUUGUACGUAAUUAAGAUCAUGAAAGCUAUUUCAGGAAGAUACAAACAGUCAAAACAUUUGUAGUACUUGAUUCUGCCACUAUUUUGCACUGGACUAAAACAGUAUCUGCCAUAUUUAAUUCAACCAUAAGAUGGUGACCUUUUCCAUUAAUUCACACAAAAUUACCCAACUCAAUCUUUACUUACUACGUACUCUGAUCACUAGGUGAAGCUGCUGCAGCAGACACUGGUACAACCCUACCUCACACAGGACGUAGCAGAGGAGGCGGGGUAUGCAGCACAACCCCCAUGGUGGGCCCAGGGGUUAAAGGUCAGCUGUUCCUCCUGAGUGACGCCUCUGCCUCAAUGACAGGACUCAUAUUUGCAGUGUAUUCAGAAUGUGUUCACUGCAAAACAUUUCUCUUGAACACCUCAUUUGGGAUAACCAGUUUCUGCAUUGUAAAGCAUCUGAUGUUUGACUUUUCACAAUUAUCUUCCUAGCUAUAGUGGUGGAAUUAUUCUGGAACUAUACAUUUAGUUCAGUACUUUGCACAAAAAACAUUCACGCAACUGUUGGAUGACCAGAACCCUGAUUGCUGACCUCAUGUAAUUCAAGGAAAGGGCACAGAUGCAAUUUUGGAAACACUCAUAUCAUGUAAUGAAAUUGAAUUUAUAAUACAGAAUCAUGCUGAGCAACAUUACCCUUUCAUGUUUUAGAAAACAACAUUCUCCCUCACCUCCAAGACACAUUCAAACAGUAAUACUCUAGCCUAGAGGAAAUGCUCCCACUUUUCAACCUCAUUCAUCCAGCACCAUACCAGUCUACAUGUAUGAAAAUGGCAUGUUUCUACACACCCGUUCAAAAGUUUGGGGU